CUCCCGACGCGUCCGUCGCCGCGUAGACGUUGGGGGCGGGGCCGUGCUGUGCGCUGUGACUGGUGGCGGCCCCGGCGGCAGCUGCCGGCGUAAUAGGGCGGUCGACGGCUUAGAUAAGUUCCGUGGAGGCGGCAGUGGCGCCGACUACGUGUUGGGCGGCGGGAGCGGGCCCGGAACUUGGCGCUCAGCAUGCCGACGGUGGAGGAGCUGUACCGCAACUACGGCAUCCUCGCCGAUGCCACGGAGCAAGUGGGCCAGCAUAAAGAUGCCUACCAAGUGAUACUGGAUGGCGUGAAAGGCGGCACCAAGGAGAAGCGAUUAGCAGCUCAGUUUAUUCCAAAAUUCUUUAAGCAUUUUCCAGAACUGGCUGAUUCUGCAAUCAAUGCACAGUUAGACCUCUGUGAGGAUGAAGAUGUGUCAAUACGACGCCAAGCAAUUAAAGAGCUGCCUCAGUUUGCAACAGGAGAAAAUCUUCCAAGAGUAGCAGAUAUACUGACCCAGCUUCUGCAGACAGAUGACUCUGCAGAAUUUAAUUUGGUGAACAAUGCUCUACUAAGUAUAUUUAAGAUGGAUGCAAAAGGAACGUUAGGUGGCUUAUUUAGCCAGAUUCUUCAAGGAGAAGACAUUGUUAGAGAAAGAGCAAUUAAAUUCCUGUCCACAAAACUCAAGACGCUCCCAGAUGAAGUGUUAACUAAGGAAGUUGAGGAACUCAUACUCACUGAAUCCAAAAAGGUCCUGGAAGAUGUGACUGGUGAAGAAUUUGUUCUGUUCAUGAAGAUACUGUCUGGGUUAAAAAGCUUACAGACAGUGAGUGGAAGACAGCAGCUAGUAGAGCUGGUGGCGGAGCAGGCUGACCUGGAGCAGACCUUCAGCCCCGCAGACCCUGACUGUGUGGACAGGCUCCUGCAGUGCACACGGCAGGCCGUGCCUCUCUUCUCUAAAAAUGUCCAUUCUACAAGGUUUGUGACAUAUUUCUGUGAGCAAGUUCUCCCUAAUCUCAGUACCCUGACUACCCCAGUGGAGGGUCUUGAUAUACAGUUGGAGGUAUUAAAAUUGUUGGCAGAGAUGAGUUCAUUUUGUGGUGACAUGGAAAAACUAGAAACAAAUUUAAGAAAACUCUUUGAUAAGUUACUGGAGUAUAUGCCUCUCCCUCCAGAAGAAGCAGAAAAUGGAGAGAACGCUGGUAAUGAAGAGCCCAAGCUGCAGUUUAGUUAUGUGGAAUGUUUAUUGUACAGUUUUCACCAGUUGGGCCGAAAACUUCCAGAUUUCUUAACAGCCAAAUUGAAUGCAGAAAAGCUCAAAGAUUUCAAAAUCAGGUUGCAAUACUUUGCACGGGGCCUUCAGGUUUAUAUCAGACAACUCCGAUUGGCUCUCCAGGGUAAAACAGGCGAGGCCUUAAAAACCGAGGAGAACAAGAUAAAAGUUGUUGCAUUGAAAAUAACAAAUAAUAUCAAUGUUUUAAUCAAGGAUCUCUUCCACAUUCCUCCUUCUUAUAAGAGCACAGUAACAUUGUCCUGGAAACCUGUACAGAAAGUCGAGAUUGGGCAAAAGAGAGCCAGUGAAGAUACAAGUUCAGGUUCACCACCCAAGAAAUCUCCAGGAGGACCAAAAAGGGAUGCCCGACAGAUUUAUAAUCCUCCUAGUGGGAAAUACAGCAGCAAUUUGGGCAACUUUAAUUAUGGUGAGCGUUUUCGUUUGGGUACAAGCAGUCCAAGAGAUUAGGUAGAAAGUGAGCAGAGAGGAGCCUUCAGGGGAAGUAGAGGAGGCCGAGGCUGGGGAACACGAGGAAAUCGUAGUCGAGGAAGACUCUACUGAGUACGACAUCACAUUCUUCAGCAUUGUCAUGAGCUUAAUAUUCUUAAAUCUACUACUCAUUGGAUUGCCGGGGAUGUCCCUUUAAAAAAGACUGCUGCCUUCAGCUGAAAACUAAUGUUCUUUCUACCUUUGUAUGUAUGAUCUACUUUUGUAACAGACCAUGGUUGUGUCCAAGGUAAAACCACAACAAUAUUUUUGGAUGCUUUGUCUGCAGCCUUGACAUGUUUUCGCAAUAUCCUCAUUAUCAGACUUCAUCUUGUGAAUCUUGCUUUUAAACAUCUGGAUAAUUGUUAUUGAGAACUGAGUCUAAUGGAAAUUUCACUCUAGUUCAAGGUCUGGUAAAGUUCUUCACUUUUGAAAGGUUACUUAUUUUCCUCCCCAUUCUGUUAGUUUUUUGCCCAAUAUAUGGAGAAGAGUAAUAAUCAGUCUUAACCUUUUGCAUUCAUUGAUCUCUACUGAAGCUGCUAGGCACUGUUGUAGCAUUCAUUCCUACUAAGACUCAGAAGUUCAACACCAGCUUCUUACAGUGUACCAGUGACGUUAGGUUUUUAGGAGGCUGUAAGUGCUUUGCAUUGCUUCCUUCACUCUUCUCCAUUUUUGGGGAUACAGCUUUUGAACACAGGGUCUUAUUAUUUGAAUGGGAGUACAUGUGCAUAAUAUACAUACAAACAUAAGCAUAUGUUGUGUGUAUAUAUGCAUGCUAUGGAACUUGAGUGUACAACAAAUCAAUAUUUUAAAUUCUAGGAAUGGGUCAUCUGACAUAGUGAUUAUCCUUUUGAGGCUAAAUCCACUAUUGAUUUGGCAUCUAGGUUUUUACCCCAGUAGGGAGGAAUUUGAGUCAGUCAUACUUACAUCAUUAUUGUUUAAAACUAAAAACAAAGGCUGUUUUUCAGAGACAAAUGUGAAGACCCUUGUUGGUGAAAAACAGCCAGAUAUAGUGUACAUACAGGUUCCCACAGGAUGUGAUAGUGUAAUUUAGGAUUUGGAGACUUAAUAACCAGGGCUACCCAGGAAGUGACUUGAUGACAUAGUACCAUGAAAUAAGAUGCUCAGUUUGCUUUUGCCACUUUCAAAAUUUAACUUCUCAGGUUAUUAAUCAGAUUAUUGUAUAAGUUAGCCAGUAGUUUUUAGAUUAAAACAACAAAUGGGAGGUUUGUGGAGUGUCUCAUGUCGUGGGCAUUUUAGUAGUCCAGACCCUUUGUUCUUUAUUUGAAUGUUUAUAUAUUUUUGUUCCACAGUUAAUUUUCCUUCCCCAAGUUUGCUAUUCAAAUCAGAUAUUCAGAUGUCAUUGCUAGUAGGUUUGUUAAUUUUUUUUUGUUUUGGGUUUUUUUUUUUGUUUUGUUUGUUUUUUUGGUUUUUUGAGGUUUCAAUUCCUACACAGGUGUCUUCAUUACCAUUACUUCUACACUGGGAAAAAAGCAAAACCCCUUUAUGAGAAUUACUGCACAUAUUUAUGGAGAUAAUAUUUCUAGAAGUCUAGAAUAAUACAAGUGAGCACAAGAAGUUGGUCAGCUUGACUAAGGAGUGCUGGCAAUAAUCUCUGAACAUUCCACAAGACUGAGCUGAACCUAGGCUUCCUUGGAAUCUGAACAGACAUAGGAACAUGGAAUUGCCAAUUGAAAACUGUGACCAUCUAGUAUGGACCUCAGAGAUAGAUCAGCCACGGUCUAACGCCAUUUCGAGUACAAAAAUGAAUUGGACUACAGCAAUAUAAAUUUAGACAUAGUAUAAUUUUUCCUACUUCCUUGUCUGAGUGUAUUUGUAAACUCAGCAGAAAUAACUUGACCUCAUGUCUGAUGCAGAGCUCACUGCAUUCCUCCUCCUCCCUUUGCUGCUUUUCCCUUGCCUAGGCAAUAGUGCAUAACUUAGUUCUUUUUGCUUCAGAGAUUUGAAGAAAAUCUUCAUGCCAUAAAUACGUUUUUUUCUUCUGCAAGACACCUGUUUAUCCCCUUGUUUAAAUGUAAAUGUUUCCUUAUGCUUUUGAAAUAAAUUUCCUUUUGUAAUUUU